AUGUUUGCUGCUGCAACCAAAAACUUUGUUAAACAGGUUGGUGAUGGAGGAAGAUUAGUUCCUGUGCCCAGUCUCAGCGAAGCUGAUAAAUACCAACCUCUGAGUCUUGUAAUUAAGAAAAGGAAAUGUUUUCUUUCAAAUAAGUCUAAAUUUGCUUCAACACCAUUCACACUGAAAGACAUUCUACAAGGAGAGAAAGAAAUUUCUGCAGGUGUCUCCUCCUACCAGUUGCUCAACUAUGAAGACAAAUCAGAUGUUUCACUCAGCGGCAAAAGAGGAAAUCAGAUAAUGAAUGAUGUUGGUUUUGACAUUGCUGGAUCAGAUUCUAUUGCCUUUAAAGCUUCAUUUGGCAUAGUGACCAAACAUGAAGUUGAAGUACCCACACUACUGAAAGAACUUAGUACAAGAAAAAUAAAUUUUGAUCAUUGUCUAGUCCAUCAAUCAAGAAAAAGUAGGAUGGAAACUUUGUGCGUGGUCAUGGAAAGUAUUAGAACUACAAGGCAGUGUUCACUAACUGUCCAUACUGGAAUGCGUGGAGAGACGAUGAGGUUUCACAUUAUUGAAGAUCAGAAUUCUAAAGGACGGGACAAAGCCAUUGUUUUUCCUGCGCAUACAACUAUUGCAUUUAGUGUUUUUGAACUUUAUAUUCAUUUGGAUGGUAAUUUUGAACUCUGUGUGACUCCGAUUUCAAAAGGAGGAUUUGAAAAAGAGAAGUCUGGGUCAUCUUCACUGACCAAAUUAAGGAUGUUGAGAACCAAUCUGUUUCAUCGAAAUAAGAGAGCAGUGGAUAUCAUUGCUCACUCUGAUACUUACAUGGAGGACCUUUUUACAGAUUAUUAUGAAAAAGCUGCGAGCAUGACUGAUCUCUCUACAAGCUAUCUCAGAGAAGGGACUCAUAUCCGCAUUAAUUUACUUAAUAACAACAUCCCUAAAGGUCCCUGCAUUCUUUGUGGAAUGGGAAGUUCUAAAAGGGAGACAGUGUAUGGGUGCCUAGAGUGUUCUUUCAAUGGACAAAAGUAUGUACGAUUGCAUGCGGUGCCCUGUUUUGACCUCUGGCAUAAGAGAAUAAGAUAAC